CUCGCGCACCUGAUGAAGCUGGACGUGUUCCGGCCGAUCCUCGAGCUCACCGUCGCGGAGUCGCGGCGGGACAGUCUGCUCUCGGCGUCGUGCCAGGAGUUCUUCGAGCACAUGCGGCGAGAAAAUAUGAAGGAGGUGAUCGCGUUCUGCAUGGACCGGCACGGCGAGAUGCUGCGGCGGCUCGCGGAGACGCCGCUGGGCGGCCCGCGGUUCAUGAUGUUCGUGCGGAGGCACGAGAUGAAUGUGGAGCCGCCGCCGCCGCCGUCGGCGCAGGAGGGCGGGGAUAAGGGUGGUGUCGGGGAGGACAGGAACGCGAGGGAGCGGGAGGCGAGGAGGGUCGGGCGGGGUAUGGACGCGGAGGAGGAGGAUUACUUCAAUGGCGACGACGAGGACGACGACGGCGACGACGGUGGGCAUGUGUCGUACAUCUCGCUCCCCGCGCGCGGGCGGCUCACCGCCAGCCCGGGCUCGCCUGGCGCGGGGAUUGGGGGUGUCGGCGUGGGCGCGAAGCGUAAACGGCGGGACGCGCUGUCCGGGUCCGGGUCCGGGUCUGGGAACAGGAGCAAGGGCCCAGGGCCGGGGGUGUUCCGGCCGCAGAGCGUGCAGAUUCCGAAGCCGCCGCCGCUGGGUGCGCUUGUGGAUUACGGAGAGGACGAGGACGACGUGGCGAUUGGGCCGCCGACGCCACCGCCGGAUACGGAGGGCGAGGCGUCGUCGUCUGCGGAUGAGGGGGAGGGCGGGCCGAGGACGGCUGCGGAUCCCGGGGCGGGGGCGGAGGCGAGGACGGAGAGUUUGGGAUUGAAGUCGGGUGGGGGCGUGCCACCGAGUCCGAGGCUGGCCCAUGCGGGUCUGCCGCAGCGGCCGCGGCAGCUCAAGCGGGAGGGAGGGGAGGAGGACGGGAUGGAGAAGAUGGUGACGUCGCCGCCUACGCAGCCGAUCGAUAUCUCGAAGCUCGCGACGGCGAAGGCGGGGGCGGGGGCGGGGGGAGUCCAGGAGCUGGGGUCGCCGCCGAAGCUGAGCGAGAAGCGGCGGCGAGAAGAGGACGAGGAGGACGAGAUGGAGCGGCUUGUGAGUCGGGCGAAGAAGGUGCCGUCGGGGCAUGAUUCGGGCGCGCCCAAGUCGAAGCGCCACGGGGAGAGCCCGUCGUCGACGCCACCACCACCACCACCACCACCGACGCCAGUGGCAGCAGCAACGGUGACGGAAGGCGGGAAAGGUGCAGGCGGGGGCGGAGAAGGUGGAAAAGGGCGGGCAAAGUCACAAGCGGGGGUGAUGAAGACGGGGGACGAUCCGCCGGUGAAGAAGAUCAAGCUCGCGCUGCGGUCUGCGCUGGGCGGGGGGCGGCCGUCGACGCCGGGUGCGAAGGACGGGGAUACGGGGUAACACUCAUUAUUAAGUACAGCGAUCUCGGGGACUCUGAGCUAGGCGGGGGAGG